GGGGGAAAACAGGCUCAUAGUAAGCCCAAAUUCCAAUCAAACAUAUUUUGAAAAGGGCGGAGCACCAAUAUUUGUUUGUGUAGUAGAGAGUAGAGACAAAACUCCUGGUGCUGCGCUGCGCUAAAAGAAAAGCCCAAUAGUAUUCGUUCUUCGUAUGUUCAUCUCCUCCGCGCAUCACCACGCCACCGUUGAUGACUUCCUCUUCUUCAAGCUCCAUGGUUUCCUCAACUUCAAGCUCAAGAAGCUGGCUGGGUUUUCCGUUGCUGGAUGUUUUCAACAUUGUGUACCUAGGCUUAGAUGAAAUUAAGCCGGAGAAACAGCUUGGCUUAAUUAAGUUGAUUUCUAGUGAAGGUUUUCAGUACCUGUAUAGAUUAGAGGAUGUUGAUAGACACAGGCCAUGUAUUAGAUAUGGGGACUUGAUUCCGAUCACUGUCAGGGGGCCGAGCUUUCCGUUUUUUGAUCAUGUAUUUAUUGAGUUUGACUUGUUUUGCGGUGCCUACAAGGGCAAAAAGCAAUUGCACUGGGAGCCUUUACCGCACGAGGUUUCUGUCAAGUCUGUAUUUAUUACUUCGAAUGAUGGCACUGGGCAGAUCCUUAUUCAUAUGGGGGGUUAUGCUAAUGCAACUGUGGCCGAUCUCGAGCUUAGAUUGUUGGACAACUCUGCUCCGAGGAAUGUUCGUGGAGUUGUUUCUGCCAGUAACAGUGAUUUGGAAUUAGAUCAUUGUGUGAACAUGCUCUUCAUGAAGGAGUCUGAUAAUGGAGUUGUAGGUCAUGAUGGUUUGAUUUCGUUGUCCAGAUCCUUGAUAGGCGUGCCACUGCAUUCGGAGCUCAAUGUGGAAAUCUCCCUCACUGUUGAUGGACAUAAUCACACACGCAUCAUCAGCUUCGAUCCCGUAAAAGAAGGGGUCUGUGAGAAAUUUAUAUCAAAUUAUCAUGAGAAAGUGGUACUAGUAAAGAUCACUUGGAUUGAUAUCAGUGAGUAUGAUAGUCAUAAAGACUUGAUACAUCGCAUGUAUGACCAAGACUCACCCAGUCAGAGAUGUGUGACGCCCUUAAGUGUUGCUAAGGGUCUAUUUGAAGUAGAAGAGGAGGUGGCUCAUGAGUUCGCGUUACUCAAGGACCAGAUCAAAGAUACCCUUGCGGAGAAUCCAACUUCUCAUCUUUCUCCUGUUACAGUCAACAUUUGGUCGAAGAUUAUAUAUUACUGCAAGAUUCAUGUUGAUCCAUCCACAGCUGAGAUCAGUUUUGAUCCUCAGUUUGUCAGACAACUUGACCUCGUUGGUCUGUUCAAUCUCAGUCAGGCAGCAAAUCACCUUCAAAUCAAGAGUCUAAUGAAUUUGACGUGUCGAACAUUGGUGAACAAGGUUAAGACAAAAAUAACUGAAGAUAUCAUGAAAGAGUUUAAUGUCGAUGAUGCAAACAUCUGGAGUGCGAAACGAUUAAAGAGAUCUUUCCCCAGCGAAGAUAUUUCGCACUCCGAGGAAGAUAUUCCGCACAUUGAUAGCAUUUUGAGACAGCGUGGAAAAGAAACAUUUAUAAAUAAACCGCUUUUGGUAGAUGUGCCGAUCUCUCCGGUGGCUAAUGCACGGCUAGACAGAUGGAAUCCAUAUUUCGAACGCUGUUUUAGUAUCUUCAUGGACUCAGCUAACUCUGUGCCCAGUGACCCUGCGCAGUUCGAAGAGGCAACAGAGUGGUUAAAUGAUUUAGUCAAUACAGAUUCAGGAUUAGCUUGUUGUCUAAGCUCUAAUGAUGUUGAUCGCCUUCUUAUGAUCCUUGCGGAAAUUGAUGACAGGAAAGACCUGGACGUCACCAUCCAGAGUCUGGCUGUUCGCAUCCUGUCGCGUGCUUUGACGCAUCGGACCUUUCAUGAAUAUUCUACAGGGGCAGUUCCAGCGCUAGUGAAGCUUAUGUCUAAUCCUCUAACUGAUCUCAAUAUUGCGGGUCUGAUGGCAUUGACGCGUUUAGCUUAUGCUUGCCCCAUGUGUACGCAAUGUAUCCUUGAAAACGGUGCUUUGGAACAAGCACAGGAAAUUGCGAAUAAGAUUCGUUAUUUACCUUUGCCCGAGCUUAGACAAUGGGUUGCCAAGUUUUUCGCUGGCAUUUGUUACAGAGAUCUUCCUGAUGAUAAGGUCAAGGUAGCUCUUAUCAUUUCAGAAGACCUCUUUACGAAAGAUUCAAUUAGUCAUCGCCAUAUUGUGUCAACGUGCUAUGCGCUCCAGUAUCUUACUUACAAAAGGACUGUAGCAAUUCAAGGAAAAGCAUGGGACAAGCUGAUAAGAAGGCUUAUUGGGUUCAUCGCCAAUUGUUUCAGAAUUGAUGCUACUGCUGUUGCCUGUUCUCCACCUGUACUAUUUGGAAGUACUGUGAUAGGCAGUUCUGCACUUGGAGUGGUUGGAAAUAUUGCGAGAUGGGGACAUUUUAAUCAGAUUCAGACAUUGGCUAAUGAUUCGCUGCUACUGCAAUGCCUUCGUAUGAUGUUAUGUUUUAAAUUUAAGAAGUUCAGUAAGGAAGCUUGCCAGAUAAUUUCGAACAUAGCUGCGCGAAGCCAACCAUGGAUACAGGAUAUGCUUAAAGCUAACCUGAUAGAGCCUCUCUACGAUCUCCUUGAAAAUGAUGUGUACGAGUCUGAUGUAAAGAUGGAGGCAGCAUGGGCCAUAUUUAAUGGCAUCUGUGGUAAUGACUAUGGACAAAUAGAUCAUUACUAUGGAGAUAGCUUGCCGUGCUGACGGAAUGAUAGCUCUUCCCCUUAGGGUUUUUUUGGUAUCUCAGUAAAAAAAAUUGUGCCCUCCUUAUGUAUACAGUAAGGGUGUAGAUAAAUUUGUAAUAUAUAGUUAAGUGUAAUCCGUGAAGGAUUUAUAAUAUCUAUUAUUUCGUUAUAUAUAUUUGAAAUUUAACUGAUUUUA